AGAAGAAAAACACAAACACAAACACAAAGUCUUCAUCUUUCGUGAACCAUAAUGAAACCCUCGAUGGCAUUUCCACUGAUAUCCUUGUUUCUUGCCAUGGCCGCAACUUGUGCGGUCUGCCAAAACGAUGCCGUAUCGGACACCAAUGGCGAACCACUUCGUCCGGGUGCCGAAUACUUUAUCGUCCCUGAUUCCGGUGGGAAUUUCGGCGGGCUUGUCCCCCAAAGCCGUGACGUGUUUCACAUUUGUACACUCGAUGUCGUUCAAACCCUUCUUCCAUUUCAACCGGGCCUACCCGUUAGUUUUGUCCUUUCCGAAGAGACCGUACGAUUAUCCACCGACAUAAGCAUUCAGUUCGAAUCACCGAUCUGGAUUUGCCGUUCAUCCAAGGUUUGGAAAGUCGAUUACUCGACUUCCGAGGAUCUCAUAACCACUGACGGUAAAACCGGCAGUGAAGAAAGCUUAUUUAGAAUCGAGAAACUCGAAAGUGGAAACGAUUACAAGCUCGUUCACUUGGAUAGCCGCUCAUCUAAGAUCCGUAAUGUCGGCUUGAUUAUGGGAGAAUUCGGUAUUCCACGUCUAGCUCUGACAGAUGAGGCUCUCUCUGUUAAGUUCCGGCCGGUUAAGGAUAAGGCGAAUCACGUUGAGAAAGCCAGGCUCAGGAUGUUUCCAUCCUACUAAUCGGUUCUACGUACGUACGAGGGCAUGCCAUGGAUGUGCUUAUGGAACAAUGCAGUACCAGCUUAUGAUGACAUGUAAUGCGAUAUAUAAAUGAAAUAAAACUUGCAUGCCCUUUAAUAUACA